UUCGGCCCUUCCCACAUCAUUAACAUCAAGAAGGAGAAGAGGGAGACGGACGAGGAGACGAAGCAGAUCCUGCGGAUGCUGCAGAAGGACGAUUUCCUUGACGAUCCGGGGCUGAAGAACGACAUCCGUAACAAGCCAGUGCAGCUGCCACUGGCCCACUCGGGCUGGCUCUUCAAGGAGGAGGUGACGGAGCAGGAGGACUCCCCGCCACUGGGGGGCUGCCCUCCCUCCCCGUGCCCACCCGCCGCCUCUCACCCCCCGGUGCCAGUGAAAGAAGAGCCGUGCGAUGAGGACCCCCUGCCCAAACCGGUGCAAACCAAGGGAUCCCCCGGGUUCCCCCGGGACGUGCUGCUCCAGCGGCUGAGCCUGUCGGCCGAGGAGGAGCUGCUCUUCCUGCAGCUGCCCGACACGCUGCCCGGCCAGCCGCCCACCCAGGACACCAAACCCAUCAAGACAGAGCUGCAGAAUGAGGAAGGGCAAGUUGUCGUGGUGAAGCAGGAGAAGAGCCAGGAGGCGAGGCAGGCGGAGAAUACCUGCACCCUGGCCGACCUCCCUGAGGGGCAGGUGGGGAAACUGCUCAUCCGCAAGUCGGGGAAGGUGCAGCUGGUGCUGGGCAAGGUGACCCUGGACGUGACCAUGGGGACCCCCUGCUCCUUCCUACAGGAGCUGGUGUCCGUCGGCAUCGGAGACAACCGGACGGGCGAGAUGAUUGUCCUGGGCCACGUGAAGCACAAGCUGGUCUGUUCCCCGGACUUUGAGGCUCUGCUGGAACACCGGCACCGGUAG